AUGGCCACUGCAACCGCUCCCAAGAUCGUCUUCUAUACCAACCACGGCUGCCCAUAUGCCCACCGAGCAGACAUUACUCUUCGCGAGCUAGACUUGCCUUACGAAGAGGUCCUAAUCGAUCUCGACUCUCCCCGUCCGCAGUGGUACCUGGACAUCAACCCACGCGGACUCGUGCCAGCCAUGAAAUUCACCCUUCCCGGCUCGGUCGAUCAAGAACAAAUCAUCACCGAGUCGGGCGUGGUCGCUGAAUUCCUCUGCGACGCAUUUCCAUCCCACCUUCUGCCUGCCACAACCUCACCUGCCGACGCUCUGACCCGCGCUCGGAUCGCAUUCUUCCAUCAGACAUGGACGGACAAAGUCUCGCCGGCGCAGAUGGCUAUUCUACGUGCCGCGACGGAGGAGGAGAGAGAUGCCAAAUCGAAGGAAACGGUGCAGAUCUUGAAGAAGGAGAUUGAACCUCUUCUGUCCGAUGCGGCGCCUUUCUUCGGUGGGAGUGCGGAGCUCACCUUUGCAGAGGUCAUGUGUGCGCCGUUUGUGAUGCGAUUGCUGGCGAUGGCCGAGGAUGGAGAGUUGGUGCCGCAGGCGUUGAAGACGGAGAUGGAGAAAUUGCCGAAUGUCGGUAGGUGGACCAAGGCCAUCCUCGGGCAUGAGAAGGCUACCAGGGUGUUUGAGAAGGAAAAGUUCAAUGAAGCUGUGAAGAGCAAGCUGGAUAAGAUCAGGGGAGUGAAGAUGUAG